GUCGUCGUACGAGUGGGCCUUCAAUUGCCCUCCACCUUUUUCUCUCUCUCUCUCUCCAAACUUCUAUUAAUCGAGCACAACCACCCACUUCCCAUUUCCACAUCCACCAAAACCAACUAGCUAGCCAGGGACAAACAUGGCGUUCUCCAACGACGGCAGCGGCGGUGGCCGUUGGGUUAACACGAACAGCCUCGCCGUACAAGUGGUGAUGGGGCGGUGGUUCAUGGUGUUCGCCUCCUUCUUAAUCAUGUCGGCUGCCGGCGCCACCUACAUGUUUGGACUCUACUCCGACAACAUCAAGGAUUCCCUUGGCUAUGACCAAACCACCCUCAAUUUGCUCAGCUUUUUCAAGGACUUGGGUGCAAACGUCGGUGUUUUGUCCGGCUUAAUCAACGAGGUCACGCCUCCGUGGGUGGUUCUUUCUCUGGGCGCGGUGCUCAAUUUCUUCGGGUACUUCAUGAUUUGGCUUGCCGUCACGAAGAAAAUAUCCACACCCCAAGUGUGGCAAAUGUGCCUAUACAUAUGCAUAGGAGCAAAUUCCCAAGCCUUCGCCAACACUGGUGCUCUAGUCACGUGCGUCAAGAACUUCCCAGAGAGCCGCGGGGUCGUUCUGGGGCUCUUGAAGGGUUUCGUUGGACUCAGUGGAGCCAUCAUAACCCAGCUCUACCACGCUGUCUACGAUGACGACCCCAAGUCCCUCAUCCUCCUCAUCGCCUGGCUCCCGGCGGUGAUCUCCUUUGCUUUCCUCCGUACAAUUCGAAUCAUGAAAGUGAUCCGACAACCCAACGAGCUCAAAGUGUUUUACAAUUUCCUAUACAUAUCACUUGGACUUGCUGGAUUUCUCAUGAUUAUAAUUAUAGUACAGAACCAGGAAAAUUUUACUCAGGCAGAGUAUGGAAUAAGCGCGGCGGCAGUGUUCAUAUUGCUCUUUCUGCCGCUGGGGAUUGUGAUUAAAGAGGAAUCUGAUAUUCGGAAGGGGAAGAAAUUACAAGCGAUAACUGGAUCAGCAAAUCAGUUGAAAAUCUUAACUGAGAAGCCGAAUGGAGAAAUGGCGGCUCAACCGUAUCCGUCGUCAUCUGCCACCAAUGGUGCGGCAAUCACUGAAGUAGGAGCUCAAGCACUUCCCACCUCACAAAAGCAACGAGAAGCAGACUCCUGCUUCCAAAACGUGUUCCGCCCACCAAACAGGGGCGACGACUACACCAUCCUCCAAGCCCUCUUCAGCAUCGACAUGCUAAUCCUCUUCUUCACAACCAUCUGCGGCGUCGGCGGCACCCUCACCGCCAUCGACAACCUCGGCCAGAUCGGCAGGUCCCUCGACUACCCUAAAAAAUCCAUCUCCACCUUCAUCUCCCUCGUAUCCAUCUGGAACUACCUCGGCCGCGUCUUUUCCGGUUUCGCCUCCGAAAUCUUCCUCACCAAAUACAAAUUCCCCCGCCCCUUAUUCCUCACCCUCAUCCUCCUCUUGUCUUGCAUCGGCCACCUCUUAAUCGCCUUCGACAUCCCCAACGGCCUCUACAUUGCCUCAAUCAUCAUUGGAUUCUCCUUUGGUGCCCAAUGGCCGCUCCUUUUCGCAAUCAUAUCGGAGAUAUUCGGACUCAAGUAUUACUCGACCCUGUACAAUUUUGGAGCGGUGGCAAGCCCGAUUGGAGGGUAUAUACUGAAUGUUAGAGUUACAGGCUUUCUGUACGAUAGAGAGGGUAGGAGACAACUGGUGGCAUCGGGGGCUGAUAGGAAGGUAGGGGAGGACUUGAACUGCAAUGGGGUGCAUUGUUUCAAGUUAGCUUUUAUUAUUAUCACGGCGGUGACAGUUUUGGGGGCCCUUGUCUCGGUAAUUUUGGUGGUUAGGACUAGGAAGUUUUAUAGGAGUGAUAUUUAUAAAAAGUUUAGGGACGAGGCACGGGCGGCAGAGAUGGAGAUGGCGUUGGAUGGAGGUGGCGGGGAAGUGGUGACGGUGGCAGGCGGAGCUGGUGGCGGAACGGCGGGGGAGAGGAAAGGGGGGUAAUGGAGAUUGGUGGGUGGAAUGUUACGGCCAUAUAAUAAAGGGGUAGGUUGAUUAAUUAGCUAGAGGUACACAGAAUGAAGAGGCUAAAGUUGAGUUGAUAAACAGACCAUGACUUUGGAAUGGCAUUUAGUGAUGGAAUGAUGUCUUUCUUUCGCUGGCUUGAUGGAUGGCUCAUCUCUCCCUUUAGUAAUUGUCUCAUGUCUCUAAAAUGCAUACGAACGCAAGAUUUAUACAGAAAUUUCAUUCAGAUCGAUGACCAUGGCAGUAAUUGUUUUGUAAUUCUUGUCUCGAAUUGAAAUUGUGGAUAUAUUUGUAAGUUGUACGUGUGACAUUAAACGACAUAUAACUCGAGUUGGGAAAA